AUGGCGAGCCUAGCUAACCAUAACACUAGGGACUUGACGGCGAAUAUGAUUAGAAUUCUGGCAGGCCAACGGAGUGGUUUGAAGAUUUGUCACAUUAACGCCCAAAGCCUGAAUAAUAAGAUUGAUGAAUUCCGAUUUAUCUUCGAGAAUUCAGGUUUGGAUGCUAUUUGCGUAUCAGAGACGUGGCUGAAGGAGACUACUCCUGAUUCUUUCAUUGAUCUUGUUGGGUAUACUGUCUACAGGGCUGAUAGACCACGCAGAGGAGGCGGCACAGCGAUUUAUGUCCGCGACAAUCUGAGGACUCGCAUUUGUGCCAGAUCAGUGGCUGAUGAUAGCAUUGAAUAUGUGUUUAUAGAAUUAUCUGCCACGGAAAGGAAGCUGUUACUUGGUUGUGUCUAUAGGCCAAAUAACAAUAUUGACAUACAACCAUUCUUGGAAGUAGUGGAACACCUUACGAUUACCUACCCGGAUGUCAUUAUUGCAGGGGAUCUAAAUUCCAACAUCCUUUUGGACUCAAGUCUCACAGCCCAGAUGUCUUCUUUGGGCUUAUUACCUUUCAACACAUCCAUGCCGACUCAUUUUUCGUCCAGUUCCAGUACCCUCCUUGAUUUGUUUUUUGUCAGUGAGAUUUCUAAAGUUUCAUUGUAUGACCAACUGUCCGCAUCGUGCUUCUCCAACCAUGACUUGAUUUUUCUGUCUUACAACUUUGAGAUCCUUGGAAGGGAGGAGUCUUACUCAUAUAGAGAUUUCAAUAGUCUGGACCACGAAGCCUUACCUUCUUUGAUUUCUGAUAUCGAUUGGAGUCUGCUAUACCGCAUGGAAUCGAUAGACGAUCAGGUGAACUUUUUAACUAGAAAUGUGUGCGCUGUCCAAGAUUUUGUGCUCCCGAUCAAAAUGAGACAAAUUUGUUCGAAGACUAAACCUUGGUUUUCGGCAGAUAUUCGUGUUGCAAUUGAGUCCCGAAACACUGCAUACCGUAGAUGGAAACGUUUUAGGACGUCGCACCUACGAGAGGAAUAUCGCUCCAACAGAUCCCGUGUCAAUAAGUUGAUAAGAGCUGCCAAGAUCAAUUACUACCUCAGACGUUUUACCUCUGCGAUCGGUUCGAGGAAGACUUGGAAGACCAUUCACGACAUUGGUAUCGGUCGCAGAUCCCCCGAUAACAUCACUGAUGUGGAUGUGGACCAGCUUAAUGCUACUUUUACCAAUAUUCCAACAAACCCCAUAGAUCCUAGUUUCUAUGACUUUGAGUUGACUCUUGGGGAUCGUCACAGUGAAGGUUUUGAAUUUUCGGGUAUAGAACAGAACGAUGUGGUACUUGGUUUCUCCAUGGUGAAGUCAAAUGCAGUCGGAUUCGACGGCAUUGAACCAAGAUUUCUCAAGCAUUUUGACCAGAAGUUCAUUUCCGGUGGCAUGGAAGUACGCUAA